AUGAUGGAGCAAAUACAUAUACGAUCAAGAGAUAAACAAAAUAGUAUUCAUCAUUUACGAUCAUUGAAACCACAAGUGACAAAACUUUCUCGACAUCAUCAUAUUCGUCGAUCAUAUAAUAAUCAACAUGGAAAUCAAUUGAAAAAUAAAUCACAAACUAUCAGAACUAAACGUCAUGUAUCGUUGGUCUCAGAUAGUUUGACAAUACAUCCUUAUCAUCAGAAACAAAAGAAAAACUCUCUAGUUACGGUUAAAUCAAUUAAAAACUCCAGAAUAUUCGUAUAUCCUUCGAGUAUUAUAACCAAUGACAAAUAUGAAAGUCCAGUAUCACAAGUAAAUUAA